GUCAACUCUUGGGCACAGCCAGGAGACCUCUGUCCUGGGAGAGUUUAAAAGGCCCCAGGACCUUCUCCGCCUCAACUGACCUUCCCAACUGGCUGCAGCAUGCAGGGGCUGCUGAUUUUGAGCGUGCUGCUGGGGGCUGUCCUUGGCAAAGAGGACUUUGUGGGGCACCAGGUGCUCCGAAUCUCUGCGGCCGAUGAAGCCCAGGUACAGAUGGUGAAGGAGCUGGAGGACCUGGAGCACCUACAGCUGGAUUUUUGGAGGGGCCCUGCCCAGCCAGGAUCCCCCAUCGACGUCCGAGUGCCCUUCCCCAGCAUCCAGGCUGUCAAAGUCUUCCUGGAGGCCCAUGGCCUCAGAUACACAAUCAUGAUAGAGGACGUGCAGUCGCUGCUGGACGACGAGCAGGAGCAGAUGCUCGCCUCCCGGAGCUGGGCCCGCAGCACUAACACCUUUAACUACGCCACCUACCACACCCUGGAGGAGAUCUAUGACUUCAUGGACUUGCUGGCGGCCGAGCACCCACAGCUUGUCAGCAAGCUCCAGAUCGGCAGCAGCUACGAAGGCCGUCCCAUCUACGUGCUGAAGUUCAGCACUGGGGGGAACAACCGUCCAGCCAUCUGGAUUGACACGGGCAUCCAUUCUCGGGAGUGGGUCACCCAGGCCAGUGGGGUCUGGUUUGCAAAGAAGAUCACACAAGACUAUGGCCAGGACCCAGCUUUCACUGCCAUUCUGGACAACAUGGACAUAUUCUUGGAGAUCGUCACCAACCCUGAUGGUUUUGCCUUCACCCACAGCAAGAAUCGAAUGUGGCGCAAGACUCGAUCCCUGACGUCGGGCUCCACCUGCAUUGGGGUGGACCCCAACAGGAACUGGGACGCUGGCUUUGGGAAGGCGGGAGCCAGCAGCAACCCCUGCUCGGAAACUUACCAUGGCAAGUUUGCCAAUUCCGAAGUGGAGGUCAAGUCCAUCGUGGACUUUGUGAAAGACCACAGGAACAUCAAGGCCUUCAUCUCCAUCCACAGCUACUCCCAGCUCCUCUUGUAUCCCUUUGGCUACAAAAGAGAAUCACCUGCAGACAAGGAUGAGCUGGAUCAGGUGGCUAAGUCUGCUGUUGAGGCCCUGACCUCUCUGUAUGGGACCAAGUUCAAGUAUGGCAGCAUCAUCACAACAAUUUACCAAGCCAGUGGAGGCACCAUUGACUGGACCUACAACCAGGGCAUCAAGUACUCCUUCACCUUCGAGCUCCGGGACACCGGGCGCUAUGGCUUCCUGCUGCCGGCCUCCCAGAUCAUCCCCACGGCCCAGGAGACAUGGCUGGCACUUCUGACCAUCAUGGAGCACACGCUGAAUCACCCCUACUGACCCGGCCCUUCAGCGCUGUCUUCCUCCUCC